AUGGAUUCAGAUAAACAGCAUCAUGAAUAAAGUUGUUAAAGACUGAGUAGGAAAAGUCAUACGUUUGGACCUAGUGCAAGCAUAGGAUAAUUGGAAGCUAAGCAAUUAUAGGAUGAAUCCAAGAAGAAAUUCACUGUUUCUUUUAAAUAAAAUGAUGAUGUUAUCAUCGUUGAAAAUUGGAAGAUAUAUAAUGUUGAUGUUAGCAAUCCUAAUUUUCAAACAUAAUCAAACAACAAAUCCAAUACUGGAUGUUGGAAUAUCUGCUCUACUUUUUGA